CCAUCAGUUCGAGUUUGCGAUCGUUGUUGGACGGAAGGUUCUGUGCUCGGGUUUGCCGUGUCAUCAAUUUAAUUGCGUUUUGGAUCGUAUCCUGAUAUCAAUAUCCGAUUCCUACAAUUUGCAAAGAUCAUUCUUCUAAUCAAUAUUCCCGAUUGGCAUUUCUAUACGGUACGUUGAUGGUGAUAACAUCAUGUAAAGGUUCCGUAGAUGGAUAAUUUCAGCCGUUUCUGCCGAUGGUAAAGGUAACCGAAAGGGUUUUGAUUUCUAUCGGGAGAAUCCCUAAAUAACGCAAAACUAACACAUCCAAGGGCGGAUGCACAAAAUGAAGGUUCAGAUCCAAAAUCAAACAAGUACACGUGACACGACCAAACUCGGGUCUUAACUCUUUCGCCAACGUCCUUCGGAUUCUGUGCGGCAGAGAUUACAACUUUCAGUGGAAAGAAGGCGCAACAGCCAGCCUACUAAAACGAUAGAGGAAAAGGAAAAGGUUGCCAACCAACACUCCGUACUGUGCACACCAACGGAAAAAGGUAGAUGCAGAAUCACCUUCAUCUGUAGCAACGAUUUUGGAGCGCGGGACCCAUUUCGUCAGCUGGACACGAAGAAACCGUGCAAGCGAGCGGCAUUCUAAGUGCGUUCGAUUUGUCUAAGACUAAUCGCUGAUAAAAUCCUCGAGUGGAAAGGUGACUUGUUGUGCUGUGCGUGUGGGUCAAUGUUGCGCGAAUAAAAUCGUGUCGGACAGAGAGAAAUAGGAGGAUAGUCAAGAUUGCGAAGUAGUCGCGGAGUUUGCCAGAGAAAAGUGAUUGGAUUGUCGAAAGCAUACCACCUUUCCCAUCCAAGUAACCAUUUCACAGUAAGUGAAAGGAAAAGAAGAAACCCAAGAGAAACAAACGGACCGAAUCCAAUACGUGCGUUAGUUUUGCCCCGAGUGUGUGCGGUUUGGGUGUAUAGUAACUAGUUCUUUAAAAACCGGGUUCGUGCAGAGGCCAAAAUUGCGCUACUAAUUAUCAACGGACGUCGGAGAAGUUGCUAGCGUGUGGGGAGAGAGCUCUGACAACGCAGAGAUCGCGUGUGUGUGUGUAGGAAGCAGCGGAGCACAGGAAAAAGCGUGUGAGGACGAUGGAACCAGAAUCAAAUACGAUGCCACGGUGUAGAUCCGGAUGUGGAUUUUACGGUAACCCAUCACAAGAUGGACUAUGUUCUGUCUGUUACAAAGACUUCCUGAGAAAGAAGCAACAGCCGCCGGUCAGCAGUACGCCUUCCAGCAACAAUGGACCUCAACCACCUGCAUCCGGCCAGUCGGUGACGACUUCCUCAGUCAGUCUCCGUUCGGUCGUCGUGACACCGCAGAGCUUUGCCAACAGCAUCAGCAACGUCGCCAGCAACAGCACAACAACCACAGCCUCCUCUCCGUCAGCAACGUCGUCGUCGCCGGCGCCGUCAACCUGCGCCGCCGCCGCCAACAAUCCGGCAGUCGCCGUCACCAACACAGCACAACCGACAGUGCACAGUGCCCUCUUUUGCUCGGAUAAAGAUAAACUUAAUACCGAUGACAGUGGUAGCCUUGGCGGGCAUAGUAAUAGCAGCUCCAUAGCCGAUAACGACGAAAAAGAUGGUGAUAAAGAUGAUUCGAAGAAGAAGAAGAACCGUUGUGCAACUUGCCGCAAGAAAGUGGGACUCACCGGUUUCGAGUGCCGGUGUGGAGGAUUAUUCUGCGCGAUACAUCGGUACAGCGACAAGCACGAAUGCUCGUUCGAUUACCGGGAACUCGGUGCCGCUGAAAUUAGACGUAAUAAUCCCGUCGUGGUUGGCGAAAAGAUUCAGAAAAUUUGAACACCACCCUUCGUGCCAUCGAAUUCUAACAGUUCACAUACAGUGCAGGAGCAGCAGCAGCAGCAGCAGCAUCAGCAGUUGCAGCAGCCACCAACAUCGUCGCAAUCACCAACACCACCACCACCACUUCCACCGCCAAUGCCAACGCCA